GACGUCUCACUGUGGUCUGACAUUAUCACCUGCCUGCUUCACUUUCAUUGUGUCUCGUUGACUCAGUUGUUCUCACCUCUGCCUGUUUUCUUGCAUCUUCUUAAUAACCUGCAUUUUAUUUUCAACGUCUUUUUUCUUCUCUCUCUUUUCCCCAUCUCUUUCUUCUCUAGCUGUCUGUUUUCCAUUCCGUCUGUCUCAGCCUCUCAUCUGCUUCUCUUACCCCUCCAUCUUUGUGUCUAACCACCUCUCACUCUCCCUUUCAUUCCUGCCUCCUACCACCACCUCUGCCUCCACCAUGAGUCUGAGUCGCACCAAGAGAAUCAGCUCCAGCAACUCGGUCCGGAGCAGCAGCGGGUCCAGGAGGCUGAGCGUCUUCAGUCCGGGUCAGGGGGGUUUCAGUGGCAUCUCCCUGAGCAGCAGCUCUCUGUACGCAGGGGCCAACGGGCCCCACCCCGGCCUCGGGUCCCCGCUGGCCGCCCUGUCGGUCAACAAGAGCCUGCUGGCCCCCCUGAACCUGGAGAUCGACCCCAGCCUGUCCAUGAGCCGGUCCCACGAGAAGGAGCAGAUCAAGAGCCUCAACAACCGCUUCGCAACCUUCAUAGACAAGGUACGCUUCCUGGAGCAGCAGAACAAGAUGCUUGAGACCAAGCUGGAGCUGCUGCAGGGCCAGGGGGUGGGCCGGUCCAACGUGGAGCCCCUGUUCGAGGCCUACAUGGCGGGGCUGAGGCGCCAAAUGGACCUGGUCAACAACGACAAGACCAAACUGGACGGGGAGCUGAGGAACAUGCAGAGCCUGGUGGAGGACUACAAACACAAAUACGAGGACGAGAUUAACAAGAGAAACAACCUGGAGAACGACUUCGUAAUCCUAAAGAAGGAUGUGGACUCGGCCUACUUGGUGAAGGCUGAUCUGGAGGAUAAGGUGGGAGCUCUGACUGAUGAAAUCAACUUCCUGCGUAACAUCUAUGAGGAGGAGCUGCGGGAGCUGCAGGCCAGCAUUAAGGACACGGCGGUGGUGGUGCAGAUGGACAACAGCCGCAGCUUGAACAUGGAGCAGAUCGUAGCCGAGGUCAAGGCCCAGUACGAGGAGAUCGCAGCCCGCAGCCGGGAGGAUGCCGAGGCCUGGUACAAGACCAAAUUCGACCAGAUGUCGGUGCAGGCGAGCCAGUACGGAGACGAGCUGCGCGUGGUGAAGGCCGACGUGGCCGAGGUCAACCGCCUGAUCAGCCGGCUGCAGAGCGAGAUCGAGGCGGUCAAGACUCAGCGUGGCAAUCUGGAGAACCAGCUGGCUGAGGCCGAGGAGCGUGGAGAGCUGGCUGUGAAAGAAGCCAAGGCCCGGACCCGAGACCUGGAGGACGCUCUGCAGAGGGCCAAACAAGACAUGGCCAGACAGCUCCGAGAGUACCAGGACCUGAUGAACCUGAAACUGGCCCUGGACAUUGAGAUCGCCACCUACAGGAAGCUGCUAGAGGGAGAGGAGGACAGGUAAGAGGAGA